CAGUUGACAUAAGAGACAAUAAAAGUUGCGGUCUCAUCUGGGUUAAAUCCCACCAAAUCCCCUCGCUUGAAGCCAGAGACUGCAAACCUGCCUAUUUCUUUAAGGCGUGCCUGCCUUUAAGCUCAGAAUUUUCAUAGACCCCUCUUCAAAAUCAAACACUCCAAGAAAUAAUAAUAAUAAUAAAAAUAUGGAUCUCCUCGCCGAUGUUUCAAACCAACAAAAUUCCGAACCCGGAAGUCAAAUAUCUCAUUUGGCUCUCGACAUUGGAGGUUCUUUAAUCAAAUUGGUAUAUUUCUCGAGAAAUAACCAUAGUCGUAGAGACGAUGAUCAGCAAAAGUCUCGAAAUGAGAGUCUUGGUGUUUCGCAAAGUGAUACCAGUCAACCUGUUCUUGAAGGAAGACUUCAUUUUGCAAAGUUUGAAACUAGCAAGAUAAAUGAUUGCUUGGAGUUCAUUCGUUCCAAAAAACUUCUUCUCGGCGGUUUCCAUGAUCACACUGCUCCUUCCAGUGACAAAAUCUUUAUUAAGGCAACAGGAGGCGGUGCUUACAAGUUUGCCGACCUUUUCAAAGAAAAGCUUGAAAUUAGUCUUGACAAGGAAGAUGAGAUGGACUGCCUUGUGACUGGUGCAAAUUUUUUGCUUAAGGCAGUCCACCAAGAAGCUUUUACAUACUUGGAUGGUCAGAAGGAAUUUGUUCAGAUUGAUCAUAAUGAUUUGUAUCCUUAUCUUCUUGUUAACAUCGGAUCUGGUGUUAGCAUGAUAAAGGUGGAUGGAGAUGGUAAGUUUGAGCGAGUUAGUGGAACUAACCUUGGAGGUGGCACCUUUUGGGGUUUGGGAAGGCUUUUGACAAAGUGCAAGAAUUUUGAUGAGUUGCUGGAGCUAAGUCAUCAGGGAAAUAAUAGAGUUAUAGAUAUGCUUGUUGGUGAUAUCUAUGGUGGAACAGAUUAUGCAAAGGUUGGUCUCUCUGCUACAACUAUUGCUUCCAGUUUUGGCAAGGCCAUUUCUGAUAAUAAAGAGCUGGAAGAAUACAAACCUGAAGACAUCUCCCGCUCCCUUUUACGAAUGAUUUCAAAUAAUAUUGGUCAGAUCUCUUACUUGAAUGCACUUCGAUUUGGGCUUAAGCGGAUAUUUUUUGCCGGAUUUUUCAUCCGGGGUCAUGCCUAUACCAUGGACACCAUUUCAGUUGCUGUUCAUUUCUGGUCCAAAGGUGAGGCUAAAGCAAUGUUUUUGCGGCAUGAAGGUUUUCUUGGGGCCCUGGGUGCAUUCAUGAGCUAUGAGAAGCAAAGUCUUGAUGGCUUAAUGGUCCAUAAAAUAGUGCAAAGGUUCCCUAUCAGCGUAUCCUCUGCUGGGGAUAAGAUUUAUUGCUCACUAAACAGUGACUCGAAUCAGAAUGAUGAUAGUAUUGAGUGUAGUGUAUACGGAACUUAGCAUUAGAUACAGCAUAGAGGACCAACUGAUUAUUGUGGAAGACUAUAGGCACCCAUGCAAGUCAAAAAAUUUAAACUUGCAGAACCUUUGUAACAUAGUUGAUACCAUUGCAGGGCAAAUAAUUUAUAUGGAAAGCGAUAUGGAGAACAAUAAAGAGAGUUACAUAAUUCACAAUUAGACAAGAUCGUGUUACACCUCCCCGUAGAAUACAUGUACAAUAUACGUAACCUUUUUGUCUAAUAAAAUCAUUUAGUUUCUUCUGAAUUUGGAUUUACUUUU